AUAUAACGAAGUGUAAAAAACUUUUGAAAAUGAACAAACUUGUUACAUUCAUUUUUUUCUAGAAAACGAAAGUGAUGAACAAGUAAAGACUUGUGAUAAAUGUGGCCACUUUUUAUCAAAUCCACUCGUAAAACGUGGAUUGAUUCCAGCAAGUCUUGCAGACGUUCUGAUGCCUCCACCAGUAAAGCCCGCCGAAGCGAAACGAAAAAAGAGGGUUGUGGCAGAGGGUCGUUUGAUAAGUGGAGAAGACAUGCUUAAACAGCUAAAGGAGAAAGAAGAUCUUGAGAAGAAGAAAGUUGAGGACAUUGAGAGGAGAAAGAAAGAAAGGGAAAUGAAGAAGGAAAAGCGAUUGGAAGAAGAGGAAGAGAGGCGCGCAAAAAAGAAAAAGAGAGAGGAGGAGAAGGAACUUAAACUAAACGAGAAAAGGAGAAAAGCAGCAAGAAAAGAAAAAAGGAAAGAAAAAGAAGCGAAUUCGGCUGCCGCUGCAGCACUUAUGGCUGGGAUGUAUGUGUGUGAGGUGUGUGGGUUGCAUGGCCUUGUAGAUGAUGAGGUUAAUGGAAGGUUUUGGUUUGGGUGUGAUGAAGAGUUAUGCCAACGGUGGUAUCAUGAGGAGUGCUUGACAGAUUGUGAAAGGAUGUAUGUACGGGAGAGCUUAGAGGAAGGUGGAGAUAAAUGGUUCUGUAAGCGGUGUAAACCAUGGUUGUAUGAAGAGGAGUGAAAAACACUUAUUGAUAAAAGUUGUUGCACAUUUCUUACUAGCUUUGGUUUUAAUACAAAUUUGUUUGUCAAGCAAUGCAUUAAAUCUAUGUCAGUUAAAUGAUAAGCUAUAUUUGAAAUUAAAUUAAAUAUGCAUAUUACAAUAAAUUUAUGAUUAAUUAAUGAUUUUCAAAAUAAAGAUAAGCAUAGCUAUUCAUACAU